UUGGCCAGCAAACUACAUUUCUAGCUGUUUAUAGGACAACAGAUGCAAGCCGAGCACAAAAUCCAUUUGUGGGGGAAAGAUAGUGCAUCCACUGCAGCACAAUGAGCAAAAGACACCAUCAACACAUUCGCUUGAUGAGCAGUCCUUCUAUGAGUAAUCUGCCCAGAGACACACAGAGCCAAAGCACCAGCGUCAUGAACAGCGUCUGCACAGCGGUGAUCAAAGUGUUCCAGGGAGAAGCACUGCAGACCAAUGAGCUUCAUGCUCUCAUAGAGAGUAUAAGGUGGCUCCUGAAGACCGAAAUGGGCUCUUUCAUCACUGAAUAUUUCCAGAAUCAGCUCCUUAACAAAGGUUUGGCCUAUAUAGUUGACGAGAUUCAAGGAUGUGAAGACGACUGCAAGCUUUCUGUCCUGUCUGAGACAUGGGAAAGGUUUUUCACUGAGAUUCUACCAACUUUGCAAGCUAUAUUCUGUCCAUUGCAGGGCCAGGACAUGACAGUGAGGCAAAUGGCUCUCCUCAGCUUCAGAGACCUGGUCCUGAUGAAGCUCCCACUGCGUGACUUGUUGCCAAAGAACCCAACCCUACUGCCUGCUGCCAUUACAAACAUGCUCCUAGUUCUGCAGGGUGUUCAUGAGCCCAGAGGUCUGAGUUUAGAGUACUGCCAGCUAGAGAAUCUGAUUGAGUUGGUGAUUUCUCCCUACUUACGGAACUGCCUGCAAAAGAAUCACACCACCCGCUAUACAAGGAAUGUGAAGCACUCACGAGGGACCAUGGGCCCCCCAGAGAUCAGGAUCACCCAGCACCUCUCCGACGGCUCACUGCUGGACCCCCUGGUGGAGCAGGAGGGGGAGGUCUACCUGGAGAGGAUGGGCACCACUCGGCGCCACACAGUGACCAAUGCCCACUCCGAUGCCCAGCUGCUGGCAGUGCCCGGAGCAGGCGGCUCCGUCUCUGGAGUAUCGCCUCUGGCAGGAGCAGGAGCAGAACCCAACCCCUCCCGCAUGAGCAACACAUUUUAACAUUGCCCUUCAGAACUCUCCCAAGGAUCUGUGAGGAGCUACAUUUCAGUGACCUGAGGAAUAUCUCAAAACACUAGAAGGCAAAGAAACAAGUUUAUUGUUAACUCAGCAUCAGCAAACAAUGAAACUCAAAAGCACAAUUCCAGUGUAGGCACAGUGUCAUGAUUUGCUGUCUGAAAGAUAAACUAUGAAAUUCAAGUUGUUAAAGAUAAAGGCAAAGACAAACACAGACCUGUUUCCACAACAGUACAUUAAGACACAUGGGGAAAUGAAUGCAAAGUCCAUAAGAACCACAGUAAAUGUAAGGGGGAAAUCAUUUCUCAUUAAAAAGUGCAGGAGACCAACAUUCUAUGCUGGUAAAGGUU